UUCUAUAGAAACAGGGUCGCGUUCUAAACUUCUUAAGAGAUGCGAUUAUUAGAGAUAUGGAUAACUAAAUAAAUUUACGUGAAACUUCAUUGUAUAGUUUAUAAGUGCUGUAAAAUGGUCUGAAGAACCCAGUAUUGCUGUAUAACUUAAUUGCUUAUUUGUUAAACCACAUUAAAAUAUCAAAACAAUUCCGGGCCGAAUCGUAACAAACUUUCGUCAAAAUGUACGAUCGAGCCCCCAGACCAACCGCUAACUACCUAGUGGGGAGCACUAGAGUUAAUGUGGGACCAGGAACGUAUGAUCUGACAACUCCAAGUAGUCAGUGGGUGAAAUCUGAUGGCUAUGCCCCAUUCCAAUCCAUGUCAGGUCGUGAAACAAUAUUUCACAUCGGUGAUUCGGUGAUGGCUGCCCCAGGACCUGGAGCAUAUGACCCUUUGUUUCCUCAAGAAAGACCAAUAGGUGGCCGACCAUUGGCAAACAAAGCAAACCGGUUUUCUGAAUCGCCCAACACAAGUCAUAUCACCCCAGGACCUGGUAGAUACAAUCUGUCAAAGAAAAGUGAUUGGUUGAAGUCAAAAUCUGCCCCUGUUAUGCCUGUUACUAUAGCAGCGCCGGUGGAAAAACCUGGCAAAGCAAUUGUGACAAGCAGAGUAAGGUAUCUUCGUAAACCUGAUGCUCCUUCUAUACCAAGUCCUGGCCAAGCUUAUGGGUAUGAAGAAACUGAUGAUGGAUCACUUAGAAAGCAGGCUCCUCCAAAUAAAGAUGCUUCAAUGGGUCCCGCUUAUUAUAAACCAACCUCAGACCUAACAGCCACCACUGCUAAAUACAAAGGUGUUCACUUUGGAACACUGAGAGCUGACAGAAUGAAGUUUGGUGGGAAAGGUGGCCCAGGACCUGGUGAUUAUGAUCCGUUUAAAGAGAAACCCCAAACAGAUGUGGCUGCACUUAUAAAUCCUGAUGGAAAAGUUUUUGAGUCAAGACUUCCAAGGUAUCAUGAGAUUGUUGUGCAAGAAGAAGAAAAAAAGGCAGUUCCAGGGCCUGGGAAAUAUGACAUUAAUGGCCAGUUUGCUAAGAAACCAGCCCCUGUUAAUGUAGAAGGGUUGGAAGUGGAACAUCCGCCAUUUAUGUCACAAGCAAGGAGGUUUAGUGAUUUAAAAGGUAUCACUCCUGCACCGGGGGCUUACAAUGACCCCAGGAAUGCUUUGGAAGCUUUAAAGAAGAUAACUGGAAUGAAGAGAAGUCCAUUCGGUCAAACUUCUGUUCGUUUUCAACCUAACAUGAGCAAAGCAAAGUUUAUACCAGGACCUGGACACUACAAUAUUUUCAACAUUGGAAUGGCACAAGAAAGUCUUAAGAAAGCGUAUCUUGAGAGCACAAGGCAUGGACCCUUCGGAACCACAUCAGCUCGUAUUAUGCCAAUAAUACAAAAACAUGAAGUAGCUCUACCUGGUCCUUCCCAUUACCAGCCAAAGCGUUCUGAGGAGCGUUACAAGAAACAAGUAACGUCAACAUUUGCUUCACUCACAGACCGUCUAUCAUCACCUGCACCCCAGACUUUACAAGACAAUCCACCACCUGGAUCAUACGAAGUUGCCAAUUCGUUCAAGAAGUCGCAAGACAGACGUGGGAAUGCUGAUCCAAGAACCAAAGAAGGUUUGAGACGAAACAGGGCUUUCCUUUCCGCAUCUACAAGGUUUGCCCCACCCCGGGAUGUGGUUUUAAAGCAGCCGGAGAAAGACACACCUGGACCAGGAACAUAUAACCAAGAACUCCCACAAGGCAAUCCAAAGCUAGCUGUAAUGGUUACGAAGGAUCAUCGUUUUAAACAGGUUAAACAGGAUGAGGUACCAGGUCCAGGAGCUUAUGAGCUUAGCCCUCUCAUGGCCAAUACGUUACUAAAAGGCACGUUCAAUGCUACCUUGCACAACCCGGUCGCACCUAAUGCAGACGCGGGUCGAACUACCACAGCAAAGCAAGCAUUUCUACUUGGAGUUUGAUGACAUUCUAUUCACUGUGUCUCGUUUAUUGAGUGUCUUUAUCUAAGCUAUUUUAAGCGGUCAUUGUUUUUUCUAUAUUAGUACAAGUUAUUUGUUCAAUC